AGUCAGAGAGAGACAGACAGUCCUGGACCACACCCUCUCAUUCCCUCUCCAACUCUCUCCCACAAAGACAUGCAUAGCAAAAACCAAAAGCGUCAUGGCUCCCCCGCCACCUCCAGGGGCCCCCUGGUACCCAUGAAGCUCAAAGCACCUGCAGUGGCCCCUGCGGUGGCUCCCAGUCCUGGGGACACGCUGGCCUUCAGGGUCCCUAAAGAUUACCCUCACUCCUGCUUCAGCAAGGCGCCUCUUGCUGUCUAUCCACCAAAGGGGGCACGGAACAAGACGUGUGUAUCCCUUCCAGUCGUAAGCCUGGAGAAGAUGCCCUGUCUCAGCCGUGCCGACUCUACAUCACAUGUGCACCUCACCUCCUCCUCUUCCUCCCCCGCCUCCUCCCUCAAACCUCCGUCCCUCACUCCGCCGGCCUCCCAACGAUCCAGCGACAAGCUCACGAACGGUCGUGGCGCCAGCGGGCCGUCUACACCACGCUCCACCACUUCUCCGUCUUCUUUGGACGGGCGGCCCAGUCCGGCACGCUCUCCACUUGACAGACGGCUGUCAUCUACACCUUCUCCUUCCCUGCUGGACCGGAAACCAUCCCCGUCACCUUCCCCUUCCAACCGAUCUGGCAGUCUGCCGUCGUCGUCGCCAUUGGGGAAGAACGGGCCUAAGACUUCCUGCGGGUCGCAAAAAAGACUCUCAGGGAGAGUGUUUGAUCCUAACAAGCACUGUGGAGUCCAGGACCCAGAGACUAAGCGGCCCUGCACCCGGUCCCUCACCUGCAAGACUCACUCCUUAACCCACCGCCGAACCGUCUCCGGCCGAAGCAAACUUUUCAACGUCCUCCUGGCCGAACACAAGGGGCGCGCAAAAUUAAAUGAAGGAGCGAAGGAGAAAGAAAGGGACAGAUCGCAGGGAGGGAAGGCAGGCAGCAGCCAGAGUAUCAUGUCACAAGAGACCACAUGUCCCAGCAAGCCUCACUGCCCAAAUGGACGACCUCUGUCCAUGCUGAAGCUACGGCUGGCAAAUGCACACAUACCCAGGGUUCCAGGCUCCACCACCUCCACCUCCAGUCCUCUGCUCCCAGCACCAGCCCCCGCCCCAUCCCUUAACCCAGAGCAGUCUCCCCACAGUUGGAUGGCAGCAGCAGGAGACGGCGGUCGACUUUCCAGUGAUGAGGGAGACGCAGAGACUCUAGAGGACACUGAGAGACCUGCCUUUCACUACUCCAAUCGCCACCCACAGCCUUUAGGGUUUUGCGUAUUCAGCAGCAGGCUCAUGGGACGGGGCCACUAUGUGUUCGACAGACGAUGGGACAGGAUGAGGCUGGCGCUCCAGAACAUGGUGGAGAAACACCUGAACGCACAGAUGUGGAGGAAGGUGCCUCUGGCUGCUGAGACCCAACAGACUCCCCCUCCCACCUCUGUCACUUCUCCUCCCCUCUCCUACCCCUCCAACUCUCUUUCCUACACCGCCACAUUUCCUCAGUCUGCAUCCAUUGCCGGGGUGUUCAGCAUUCGAGACGCUCCGCAGCCCGUCGCCCCAGUUUCUGCACUGGGUAAAGCCCGUAACGGCACGCAUAAAGCCAGCCGCCCAUCCAAAGACAUGGUGGACUCCGUAGUUGGAUCUAAGAGGAGAACAAACUCUUCCUACCCCUCCUCCUUUUCUCCUUCUUCCUUAUUUCCGACUGUGGAUAAUCACAAGAGGAACGGCAGCAGCUAUCAUCCAAGGUUACAAGGUUCAGGGGGUGCAGCAACAGCAGCAACCCCAGCCAGGAAAAAGGGACUUGGGCACAGGGGAAGUAGGCUUUGGAGCAGCGGAGAGGACUGGCCGUCGAGGGCCGAUGUGUCUCAAAGCCACAACUCACAGAACAGUCUCGAACUUGGCACGACCAGUAUACCCCAGUCACCUAACAGGGAGCCAGCCUCUGCCCCCCAUCAGCCCCUGGCUUCCCCCUCUGGACCCUUGGCUUAUAAAGAAGGCGCAGAGGGGAGGAAGCGGAGGAGUCCCAGCUCAUACACAGGGAAGGCCAGUAAGCUGAGCAGACCGGGUGGGUUGGAGAGCCUCUUUGGGAAUGGGAACGACAACGUGGGAAUACUGGCUUCGGGGCCGGAGUCCCCAAGACAGGCCAAGUUGCAUCACUGA